AUGCUGGCUCCUGGGGGAAGAUCAAAGCCUGGUUUCGUCAAUGGAACCAUUCGAGCACCAGAGGCUAGCGAUCCAAAGUUUGAGGACUGGUUCUGUAAAGACCAGCUUUUUAUGUCUUGGCUACUUAACUCCAUGGAACCUCAAGUGGUUGAGAUGUUUAGCUUUUCAGGUUCCGCACAUCACUUUUGGGAAUUUGUGAAAGAAAUGAAAGAUAUUGCUGGGUGUUAUCAAGAUGGGAAACCAAUCAUUAAGCAUCUUGGGAAGCUUAAGAGCAUGUGGAAUGAGCUGUCUCUUUAUAGACCUCAUACUACAGAUUCUGCUACUCCUCUAAAACGAGCAGAGGAGGAUAAAAAAUUUCAGCUCUUAGCAAGUUUAGAUCAAGAAUAUGAAGAUCUUCAUAGUCAUAUAUUGAUGAGUGCUGAGAUACCUUCUUUGAACAACGUGUGCACAACAAUACAUCAAGAAGAAAGCAGGAAGAAAGUCAUACAUGGAAACAAAAACAAAUGCUGA